CCAUGGCACGCCAGCUGCAGAUACGACUUUUGACAUGGGAUGUAAAGGAUACACUGCUCAGGGUCCGCCGCCCUGUUGGGGAGGAAUAUGCCAACAAGGCCCGGGCCCACGGGCUAAAAGUGGAAGCCACCGCCCUCGGACAAGCCUUUGGGCAGGUGUACAGGGCUCAGAGCCAUAGCUUCCCCAACUAUGGCCUGAAUCGUGGUCUCACCUCCCGCCAGUGGUGGCUGGAUGUCGUUCUACAGACCUUUCGUCUGGCAGGUGUCCAAGAUACUCAGGCUGUAGCCCCCAUUGCCAACCAGCUGUAUGAGGACUUCAGCAGCCCCAGCACCUGGCAAGUGUUGGAGGGGGCUGAGAACACUCUGAGGGAGUGCCGCAGGCGGGGGCUGAAGCUGGCAGUGAUCUCCAACUUUGACCGUCGACUAGAGGAUAUCCUGGUGGGUCUUGGCCUGCGGGAACACUUUGACUUUGUGUUGACCUCUGAGGCUGCUGGCUGGCCCAAGCCAGAUCCCCGUAUUUUCCAUAAGGCCUUGCGGCUUGCUCAUGUGGAACCAGCAGUGGCAGCCCACGUUGGGGACAGCUACCGCUGUGAUUACCAAGGGGCUCGUGCUGCAGGCAUGCACAGCUUCCUUGUGGUCGGGCCAGAGCCCCUGGACCCCACAGUCAGGGAUUCUAUACCUAAAGAACACAUCCUACCCUCUCUCUCCCAUCUUCUGCCUGCCCUUGACAGCCUGGAGGGCACAACUCCAGGGCUUUGAGUUUGGUGAGGAAAGUGGCUGGGGUCUAGGCCAUGAAGAAAACCCUAAGGAAACACUGGAGACAGAGUCUUUUCUUUCCCCACAGCUCUGGACUUUGCGCCUCUCUCUGCAGCCUCCAUCACCUGUUCACGAUAAAGCAGGGCGGGCUAAGCUUUUAGCUUUGCCCCACUGACCAACUCCUA